CUACAACUACUUCGCAGCUGACGGGUAUCAUGACCGCAACCAUAGCAUCGACCGACCCGUCGUCCUCCGUGAGGGAUCGCGCGGGCUAGCAGCCCGAAUUCCUCGAGGAAAUUGGAGACUACACACAUUAUGGCUGCUUUGGAGAGAGGUCCCGCUCGCACCUCAGUGGCAGCUCAGCCAUUCUCCAGGGCGCAUUGCGCACACCGCUCUCGGACGAACGCAUGGAUGUUCGAAUGUGUAUGGAGCACUGCGCAAGCUAUACCUGGUUCGGCAUCAUAGGAGAAGAGUGCCUCUGCGGUACCGCCAUCCAGGAGAAAGAUAAUAGGAUUGAGCCGGGCAAUUGCAGCACACCGUGCCCCGGCAGCAAGGACCUAGAACAUCUCUACGCGUGUGGCGGGCAGAGCAGCAUCACCGCAUACCGCCACAAGGACUACCUCUCGCGGUCCGCCGCGCCGGAGAAGAACUGGUCCUCGCGCACCUGGAAGAACCUCACGUGGACAUUCAGCGCUACAGCUUUCAUCAUGGGCUAUUUCUUCUUCACUUCCAUCUGCGGUAGCGCCUUCUGCUUUCUGUGGAUGCCCUGGACCGUUGAGAAUCUCGCCUCAACCCUUGGCGCGCUCUGCUUAUCCAUUGUCCUUGCUAUCACGCCUAUGGUGGUCUUCUUUGGCAUACGCGGCGCUAUGCGGCAUCCGGAUACAGUUUGAGGGUUUAGUGGUCCUGAUGGACUUCCGAAGGUCAUCGGUAGCAUUAGGUUUAUUUUUCUGGUCUUGGGUAACUGGCGGUUGAAUAU